AUGAAGGAGGCUCAUGCUGGUGAAAAACGAAGAUUGAGAGAGUUAAUUUCCGGGCUGAAGAUCCGGCUCCAGGAAGCCGAGGCCGAGUCAUCUUGUGCAGCAUUGAAUCGUCUGCGAGCAAAGCUUCGCGAGCUAACUGAAGGCGGACAGGAGGCAGACCAACGGGUUUCGAAAGUGGUUCAGCGUUCGAUAGAAACGUUGGUCGAGCUGACGGAUAACGUUGAUGACCUAAAGGCGGAGAUCGAGAGACUUCGUGCGGAGAUCAAGCGUCUAAAGGACCUGCUGGACGCCUGUGAAGAGCGGCGAAGAACGGCGACUGAUGUCGCUGUCGAAACAACCCUCCCGGAGGUGAAAGCACCAGAAAAACCGCUGGUGGAAAUGGACGUUUCAGAUCUACUCAACAGGAUCAAGGAGCUCGAAGCACUCAUAGCUCAGCUGAGGAAGCAGCUCGUGGACAAGGAUGCCGCCAUCAAUGACCUCCAAAAUAAACUGUUCAACGUCACAUCGGACAAUAAAAGACUCAGCACUGACCUAGAUCAAAUGAUGGUCAGCUACAGAGCCGUCAUAGACGAGGUAAAAGCUAUGAAGGAUGAGCUCAAAAAGAGGGACGUGAAGGUUUCGGAUCUGUUGCGUGAGCUCCAAGCGUCGGCGAUCGAUAUGCUGGGAUUGAACAGGCUGCAGAGUGAGAUUGAAUCGGUCAAGCCACAAUUGUACAACCUUGAACUGGAGAGAGAACAGCUGUUGUCAGAGCUCGGUAAGGUUCGGGGAGUAGUUUCGGAGAGGAACGAUCAGAUAAUUAAGAUCCUGGAGGAAAGAGACAAGCAUGCUCGAGCUCUGGGCAAAGUCGCGAGCACGAUACAGGAAACGGCCGAACGGGAGGAGGCGCUGAAACGCGAGAUUGAUCGGCUGAAGGAUCGAAUAGCUGAGCUUGAGAAGGAGAUAGCUGAGCUUAAGAAAAAGGUGGCUGAGCUCGCGGCGGAGAACGAAAAAAUUCCUGGACUUGAAAAAAAAAUUAAGGAGCUCGAAGACGAGCUAGCGAAGCUCAGAGGCGAUCUUGCCGCUGCUAACACAAAGAUGAACGACCUUGAGAAAGAAAUAGCCGAUCUAAAGGCAGAAAAAGAUGAAUUAGCAAGAGAGCUAGCAAAGGCAAAGGAGCAGGUGGAGAAGCUGAAAGAGGAGCUUGCUGCUGAGAGAUCUGCAAAAGAAGCGGCCAUGAAAGAACUCGAGGUCUGUAGAGCUGAGAACGAGAAACUGAGAGGAGACAACGAGCGAAUGAGCAACGAACUCAACGCGGCAAAGGGCGAAAUUGAAAGACUGAAAAAUGAGCUUGACAAGGUUAAGGGCGAGUUGGAUAAAUCGAGAGCCGAAAAUAGUGAGCUCAAGGACCUGCUCGCUGCAGCUAAGGCGGAAAUCGACAAGCUCAGAAGCGAGGUCGAGGGGUGCAAGGCUGAGAAUGCCAAGCUUAAAGGUGAGAUUGUGCGAUUAAAUGAGGAAGUACAAAAGUUGAAGGCAGAGAAUAGCGAGCUCAAGAAAGAGAGAGACACACUGCAGGCUGAAGUGGGAAAGCUGAAAGAAAAGAUCGACGGAAUGCAAGCUGAAAUUGAUAAGCUGAAGAACGAUCUGGCCGCAUCUAAAAGCGAGAUGGAAAAGCUCAAGAAUGAUUUGGACGCUUUGAAAUCGGAGAACGAGAAGCUCAAGAACAGUUUACGCGAAGCCGAGGUGAAGAUAAAGGCAUUGGAAGCGGAAAACUCAGAUCUUGCUAAUAAGUUAGCCGAUCUGAAGAUCAAGAUAGAAAAUCUUGAAAAACAGCUUGCAGAUGAAAAAGCCGCGAAAGAAGCGGCGUUAAAGGAAUUGGCAGCGUUAAAGUCGGACCUGAAAGCGUUACUCGGAGAGAUGGACAAGCUCAAAGCCGAGCGGGACAAACUGAAAGGGGAAGUGGAUGACCUGACGAAGCGGAUGGCAGAGUUGACCAAUGAGCUAAAUCAGCUGAAAUCAAAGUGUGCUGCCCUCGCGGCAGAGAACGAGAAGUUGAAAGCAGAAGUCAACGGUCUUAAAACAGAGAAUGAGAGGCUGAAGAACGACCUGGAGAAGGUCAAGGCUGACCUUGAGGCAGCGAAAUCAGAGAACGCGAAGUUAAAAGCGGAAAAUGAGAAGCUGAAGAAAGAUUUGAUUGAUGCUGAGGCAAAGGUCAAGGCGCUCGAGGAUAAGGUUAAGGCGCUCGAAGACAAGGUGAAGACGCUCGAAGACAAGGUGAAAACACUUGAAGACAAGGUCAAGGCAUGUGAGGACGAAAAGGCGAAGCUUCGUCAGGAGAUCGAGGGGCUCAAAAGUCAGAUUGACAAACUCAACAGUGAGCUCGCAGCAGAGAAAGCGGCGAAAGAGGCGGCUUUGAAAGAACUGGCAGCGACCAAGGCCGAGCUAGCUGCGCUCAGAACGGAGCUGGACAAAGUGAGAGCCGAGAACGCGAGACUGAAUGGUGAGCUCGAAAAGUUGAAGUCGGAGAAUGAGAAGAUGAAGGGGGAGCUUGACCGACUCAAAGCGGAAAACGCGAAGCUACAAGGUGACCUAGACGCCCUAAAGGCGGAGAAUUCGAAGCUCAAAGGAGAUCUGGAUAAAUUGAAUUCUGAACUGAGCGCGUUGCGAGCUGAGAACGAUAAGUUGAAGGCCGAAAAUUCGAAAUUAAAGGAUGAUUUGGCGGCCGCAAAAGAGGAAGCUGCGCGUCUCAAGAGUGAUCUGGAAAAACUAAAAUCCGAGAAUGACGCCCUGAGAGCUGAGAACGACAAGGUGAAGGGAGAACUUGAGGAGCUCAAAGCAGAGCUUAACAAACUACGCGGGGAUUUAGACGCCAUGAAGGACGAGAAUGCGAGGCUCAGGUCUGAGGUUGACAAACUAAAAAGCGAUAAUGAGAAUCUAAAGAACGAGCUUGCGAAGGCUAACGCCGAGUUGGAAAAUUCUAAGAAAGCAGUUGACAAACCAAAAGCUGCUGUGGCUGCCACUACUGGUCCUCUUCCUGAGAAAGUUCGUCGAUCUAUUCCAAUGGAAGUCCCACCCACUGCUGCUAAGCCUGCAGUGAAGAAGGAACCGCCCCGAAUGCCCUCAAAAACUCCAAAAGUUGAACGGCGAGCUUCGGUUGCAAAGAGAGACCAAGGAUCCCAAGGCGAGGGCUGCGGUGAUUACGUAAGCGCGAAUGAACAGCUCAGGAAGAACAUAAACAAUCAAGACAGAGCUGUUCAGCGGAUACGAAACUUCGUGAAGUACGUGCUGGGAGAGCGAGAAUCACCUCCGGAGAUGGCUGACUCACAAACUCACCGUAUGUCAUCAGUGAUGAGGAACAAAUUUGCGGAAGACAUAAUGGAGUUGCUUAAGGAGUCGCAGUAUCUCUCAGAGAGUAUAUUCAACGCUGAGGCGGACGUUCAGCGGCUUCUGAAGAUCCUCGAAGAGCUGGAAAAGUUGAGAAAUGAGAACGCUGCGCUCAGAGACAAACUCGAAGAGGUAGCGGAGGAGCCCGUAGGCUUCGGGGACGCUUUCGAUGCCGAAUCGUGGCUGAAGACGCUGACGUUGACCGAGCUCGCCGAGCUCCACGACAGGAUCUGCCUCGUGACGUCGAGCAUGGUUAAGCAGGACAUAAACCCGGAGGACUACGUUGACGACUCUACUUCACCCGACGGAGUCUGCAAGCCCUGUUCAGGUCUGCAGGACGCGGACGAUGAGAUGAUCGGCGGGGACUACGAAGCUCUGAAUAAGAGGAUAGCAGCGCUUCAAAUGCAGAUUAACGAGAAGCAGAACGAGGCAGCAGCCAAGGUUCAAGAGAUGCGGAAGGCCAUGUGGCGAGAGCAGGACCGGCUGAUACGCCUCUCGGAGGAGAUGAAUGCCCAGAAAAGGAACAACCUGACGAUGAAGAUGAAGAUCGGUGGUGAGCUCGAUCCUUUCGGAGUUCCCGAAGGAGUCGCCGUCCUUUGCGGUGGGAUUCGGAGCUCUGGGGAGCGUGACGAUUAUCCGGGGACGAAAUGGAACCCGCGAUUCUCUGCCAUCGGAGAGAAAGAUGACGGAAAGUGGAAAUCUGGCUGCGUUAGGUCGAAGAGAAAAAGCUCUCCCCAAGCUCCGGCACCCUGCGCUCUUCCUGUUAAACACGCAGACGUCCCGUGCUGUCAGAAACUCUGCUGUCCGUCUACCCUAAAUCCGAAAACUCUUUUCCCGAAGAAGAUGAAGCAGGAUGAUGACGAUAAUAUGCAGGAGGUCGCGGUUCUUUGUGGGGAAAAUCGACGGGCCACGAAUACUUAG